AUGAGCCUGCGCAGCCACGUCCGAGCUGACAGUGCCGUGCUUGUGUGUGGCCUGCUUUGUUUGGGUUUGCGGUUUCUGGCGCUGGACAGCAGUUGCUCAGGACUGCUAUUGCUUCUGAGAAACCACCUUUGCAUUGGAUUUACAGCCUUGUUGGUCGAUUUGGCCUGCUUGGGCUUGACAGUGUCUUUACGCAGCUUUUCCUGCAUUGCCUUGACCGUGCUCAUCUCAGGCACCGCAUGCACCGGCCCUCUGUUGUUGCUGCGGAGCUUCUCCUGCCUUGACCCCGUGGCACCAGCCUCCAUGGCGAAUGGUCCCAGUUCCUCCAUGUUGUUGCAAGCCUUUGCUUGCUUGGGCUUGUUCGCUCCGUUCCUUGGAAAAGCCCAGCUCGAGUCAAUGGCGCCGACUGUUGACGUCUCACAGACCGAGCUAUCGGUUUCAGCACAAAGCUUCACUUACCUCGAGAUAGCAGCACUGGCACCAUCCUUUGCAAGACCGGGCCCGCCUCUGCCAACAAGAUCCCUCGCGUGCCUGGGCCUGUUGGUGUUGCCCGUUGGCAGCUUGCAGCUGCAGUCCGUUCUUACGCUCUCCAUAAUCGAUCACACACACCUUGAACCCCCGGUACUUGUACGCUCCUUCACAUGUGCGGGAUCAACUCUGUCAUCGCCGGAGCUUGGAGUUGCAGGUUCGCCGCUCCUGUGCCUUGGCCGCAUCCUGGAUGGCAUAGUGGAAAGAGUAGUAGGAGUAGUGGGAGGAUGA